AUGUUCAUCGCCGCCCUCCCCCAUCCAACUUCGUACCAAGGCUCACCAUAUCAUCGCUCGAAACAGGGGAAAGUUGCCGAGUUGCGCAUGGAACUCAACAGCGGAGGCAAGAAGGACAAAAACCAUUCCGCCAAGAAGAUCGCGCUGAAGAAGAUUGUCGCAAACAUGACGAUGAGCAAUAACGACAUGGUCGCCUUGUUCCCCGACGUCGUCGCUUGCAUGACCAUUCCCAGUCUGGAGAUAAAGAAGAUGUGCUUUCUGUUCUUGGUCAACUAUGCGAGAGCGAAGCCGGAUAUUGCCCUCAAGGCUUUGCCGAUCUUGGUCGAUGAUAUGGACGAUCAUAAUCCGCUAGUCCGCGCUCUCGCUCUCAGGACUAUUUCAUAUAUCCAUGUUCGAGAGUUUGUAGAGGCAACUGUUCAGCCCGUGAAACGUUUAAUGAUGGAUAUUGACCCUUACGUUCGCAAAACAGCAGCCUUCUGCGUCGCAAAACUGUACGACCACCACAAGAAGAUGGUCGAAAGCUCGGAUCUGAUUGACCGGCUGAAUAAAAUGUUAAAAGACGAGAAUCCUACUGUCGUUUCGAGUGUUUUGGCCUCUCUGGUGGACAUUUGGGAACGCAGUGAAUCGAUAUCGUUGACCAUCGAUUAUGUCAGUGCGUCCAAAGUGGUGUCUGUCCUGCCGGACUGUUCAGAAUGGGGUCAGACAUAUAUCCUCGAGGCUCUCAUGGCCUAUGUGCCGAGAGAUUCGGCAGAAGCUCUACUUCUGGCUGAACGUAUUGCACCUCGUUUAUCACAUUCAAACUCGGCUGUCGUUCUGACCUCGAUCCGUGUCAUCCUUUACCUCAUGAAUUAUAUUAGUGAUGAAAAACAAGUGACAGCUUUAUCAAAGAAACUGUCGCCGCCACUCGUCACAUUAUUGUCGAAGCCUCCGGAGGUGCAGUAUCUCGCUUUGCGGAACGCAAUAUUGAUUCUGCAGAAACGUCCUGAAGUUCUACGAAAUGAUAUCCGCGUCUUUUUUUGUAAAUAUAAUGAUCCGAUCUACGUCAAAGUCACCAAGCUGGAGUUGAUCUUCAUGCUUGCAUCAAAGGAAAACAUUAGUGUUGUGCUGGCUGAGUUGCGAGAGUACGCGACGGAAAUUGAUGUCCACUUUGUCCGCAAAGCUGUUCGAGCCAUUGGCAAACUGGCAAUCAAGAUUGAACCUGCUGCGCGACAGUGCAUUGACACACUCUUAGAACUCGUCCACGCCAAGGUACCCUAUAUUGUCCAAGAAGCAACCGUCGUCAUCCGCAACAUAUUCCGCAAAUACCCAAAUCAAUACGAAGGGAUCAUCGGAACAGUCAUCCAGAACAUCGACGAGCUCGACGAGCCCGAGGCCAAAGCAGCCAUUAUCUGGAUCAUCGGCCAGUACGCAGACCGCAUCGAAAACUCCGACGAGCUACUCCAAGACUAUCUCGCGACCUUCCACGACGAGCCCAUUGAAGUGCAACUCGCCUUGCUCACCGCAACAGUCAAACUCUUCAUCCAGCGUCCCACAAAGGGCCAACAACUCGUGCCCCAGGUCCUCAAAUGGUGCACCGAAGACACCGACGACCCGGACCUCCGUGACCGCGGAUACAUGUACUGGCGUCUUCUCUCCACCGACCCGGCCGCCGCCAAAGAGAUUGUAAUGGGGGAAAAGCCCCCAAUCACAGCCGAAAGCGAAAAGCUAGAACCAAACACCCUCGAAGAGCUAUGUCUCAACGUCGGCACGUUGGCGACUGUCUAUCUGAAACCCGUGCAACAAGUCUUCCGGUCCGCACGUCCAAAACGUCUAGUAGACAGUCCGGCGCUUGUCAAACGACCCGGCAUCGAGGGUCAAAGAGCUGCAUACGAAGUCACUUCGGUGGGCGCAACUCCCUCUUAUCCCGUCACGACUUCCACUACUACCACCAUGCCUACCACAACAUCAGCCGCACCGAUCUCUCCAAAUACUGCCGCUGCCGCUGGCGAUCUCACUGCAGCCGUCAACGCGGCAGACGCAUACUUUAGUAAUAUUGCGCCUCAGCAGAUGGCCAAUCUGGACCUUGGCGGUCGCGAAGAUAACGGUCUCGGCGGCCUAGGAGGAACAGGGCAGACGAUGCCGUAUGUCGUAAAUCAGAACCAGCAACAGAUUUAUCAACCGCAGGUUCCUGGCGGGGCUGCAGCGGGGGAGUUACUUUUACUUUAG